CGACUAGGGGAUGCAAGCGAUAGGGCUUAGAGGAUGAUGCAGCGCUUCUUAGUGCGAGACGGUCACCUUUUCGUAAGAAGAGAAGUGAAAAAUCCCAGGAGAGUCAUCUGCGGUAGGAACUGCCAGAUUGACAUCGUAGCAACAAUACAUUAUGGCAUUGCAGGAGGGCACCAAGGGGUACAAGCCACGUAUGCCAAGAUAAGUGAGUUGUACUACUGGGAUGGGAUGAUGAACAUGGCCGGGAAAUUUUGUCGAUCCUGCGCACCCUGCCAGGAGAGAUCCCGUUUGAGGCAAGGAGAGCCGCUGCAUCCAAAGCUAGAGCGAGAGGUGGGGGUUGUAGUGCAUCUCGAUCUACUUUUCAUGUCGCUUGGGGAUCAGGGUUAUAACUACAUCUUCGAUGCGCGCGAUAACCUGUCUGGCUUCGUAGAUGGUCGUGCCAUUCGUACCAAGACUGGUUCAAUUUUGGUUAGCUGCAUCGAAGAGUACUACCUGCGUUAUCCUUUCGUCAGGGAGUUCGUAAUGGACAGGGGAUCGGAAUUUACUUGCCAGGAGGUGCACGAGUUGUUAUCAAGUUUCUGGGAGCAUGCGAGGCGUAUAGGCUGGACCAUGGCCCAGGCAAUCGAGAGACUGAGGGGAGCAGGCAGGUUCGAGGAGCCCAUUGCCAGGAUUUGUAGGGAGGCGACGACGAGGCAGGAGGUGGAGGCGAGGAUGGAAGAGCUGCGACCCUCGCGUGUGGGACCAGAUGGCAGGCCGAUCCGUCUAGAGAUCGGAAAUGUGGCAGACUUUAUCCCUGCCUUCGAGUGGUUCAUGCAGGGGCAGGGUAUACCGAGAGAUAAUUGGAUGCAGAUGCUACCACUCUGGACCAGGAAGGCGAAAAGGUCACUGGCUAGCCAAGUCAGAAGCAUGGCCCGGGACUGGGAGAGCUGCAGGGCAUAUCUGAGAGAGGCCUUUCGACGGCCAGAGCCCCCUCAGCCCAGAGUUGAGAGGCGUCAGAGGAGUCAGAGGCAGAGGGACCCUGAGCCCAGGGAGGCGAGACCGUGUCGAGGAGGACGGAAGGCCCUAGCCAGGAGAGAGGAGGAGCCAGAGCCGGAGCCAGAGGAGCGAGGGGUGUACCCUGAGUGUGGGCUGGGACCAGUGGAGUUCCAUCGGUUUGCCGAGGGUGGAUUGAGGAGGUCGCCAUCACGCACACAUGAGGAGCCGCCAGCGUCUGAGGAGCCUUUGAGGAAGUCGGAGACGCAUUUGGAUAUCUCUCAGUGGAGAGCGUCGCCUCGGGGUGAAGAGCUUGGAGAGCAGGCAGAGGAGGAGCCACGAGAGGAGGUGCCGCAGGAGGAGGUCCAGGACACUCAGCGAAAGAGAGGGUUGGGCGAUGAGGAGAGACGUGCAGGGAAGGAAGUGAUAGAGGUUGGAGAGCACACGCCCCCUCAGACGCCAGCGGUGGGCUUGAGACUUGGAGAUGCACCUGGGAGCACAAGCCAGACAGGAGGGGAAUUGCAGAGAGAGGAGGCCCCAUUGCCUUCAUCAGAAAAGGCUCCUUCGCCAGAGGGAAGAGCAAAAAAUAGGAGAGAAAGGGCAGCUGUAAGGAGAGAAGCCUUGACCCUGAUUGACAGGCACCUAGCGGCUCAUGCCCUGAAGCACCCGGACCUGGAGGAGCCAGCACCUGCAGAGCCGCGCCAGGAGCCGUGCCAGCCCGAGAAGGAGGUGGAGGCAAAGAUCCCGAAGAGGGUCGACCUCCGCACGAGGGAGAGGGCGCUUGCUGGAGAAACGGCUGAAGAAAAGAGGGCGAGAUAAACUGUGAGAAUAAAAGAGAUAUGGCAAG